AUGCCAGGGGACUCCAUAUCUACGGACUUUACGGGUGAGCCUAUGAAAGGGGAGCUUGACAGACGUGGUGACUGCGGAACAAAGGAGUGCAAAGGAGGUCCGACAAGGAUGAGAGAUACGACCAAAUCAGGAUGUGUAACAAUGGAAGAGGUGUAUGAGGGUAUUGAGAGAAACGGGGAGAAGAAGAGCAAAACCUACCUGCUCAACCUCCUCUUGGGACGAGUGACCCCUACUCCGACGCCACCUGCCUUACCCACGCUGCCCUCCUCUGUCCUGUCCUUGGAACGCAUCUCCAAACCGCGAUCGUCCUCCAAUCCAUUGGCAAUGCGACGAGCUGGGUUGUUGAGUGAUGAGCCUGACCCCUUGCGCUCAAUCGUAGGUCUUCGAGCACUUGGACCGGGAGGUGUCAUGUCUUUGGCUGAUAUGGCAAGACUAAGAAAUUCAGAGAGCGACGCGAUUUACGGGGGUUUCGACUGGCGACUAGCGUUGAUGCGACGCCGCCCAGGCCCGCGAUCCCGCGAGAAGGGGUCAGCCCAAGCGGGUGAAUCACGUGGCUUUGUGGGUCGCGGAGUGGAUGGAAAGUGA